CGACCUAAAUGACAGGCAGAAACCUCUCCAGACAGACCUUUUCUUUAUUAUACAUGAAUUUCAACACAAGAGUUAUUACUAGCUAAUAUUUGGUUUCGUAUUACACACUGUCACGAACAAAUUUACUUGGACAAAAUCACGCACAGGAGAUUGUUCUAAAUUGUUCUGUUGGCCGUUGUUAGAUUUGCGUAUAUUGUCACACUUCGGUACUACCCUGUUAUGUGUUAUCUUCACGCAAGAAAGGGCUAAUUAUUUAUUCAAAACGCUUAGGUUAAUUCGGUUAACCCUCAGUCCGUGAAAGACACCAAUACACUGCGUUUCGACUGUGCUUCAGGACCUUUGCCAAACACAGAAUCGCCAGUAUCGGAAUCACAGGGAGAGGAAUUUGAAGAAGUACGAAGGGACACUUGACUGGAAAACUUUAGGGUUUCUCUUAAUUGAAGCACAUGUUAUAAUCAGACCACGAUCAUAUGUGUUUGUGAAGAGUCAUGCCAUCUUUGGAAGCUGUUAGUAAUCACAGAGAAUUGAGUGUGAAUUGUUUCCUACAGUGUAUGAAGAGCAUAAUAUGAUGAUACAACCGCUGGAAAUUCUGUCGCCAAAAUUCAUGAGGAAAUCGAAGUGUAUAAGAAUGUAAUUGCCCUUUCACCAUGGCAGAGAAAGAGCACCCGAAUAAUGCAAAUAAACGCAGCAAUAAUCGCAAGAACAAUUCUCUUGGAAAGCGUAUCACUAUCAACAUCUCUGGGCUUCGCUACGAAACAUUUGAUAAAACACUGGAAAGAUUUCCCGAAUCUCUGUUGGGAUGUAAAAGCCGACGCGAUGACUUCUACGAUUCAGUUAACGAUGAGUAUUUUUUUGACCGGAACAGAUUGUGUUUUGAAUCUAUUUUAGCUUAUUAUCAAACUUGUGGAGUACUGAUUCGUCCUCCAAACAUCCCGAGGAAAGUGUUUGUAAGUGAUAUUAAGUACUUUGAUUUGGGAGAACAAGCUCUAAGGCAAGCCGGAGAUGACCUGGAAAUAACAGACCGUGAGAUUCGUCCAAUGCCAAAGAACAAAUUCCAGCGUACCGUCUGGUCCUUAUUCGAGCACCCUGAUACGUCCAACGGUGCAAGAGCAAUUGCUAUUUUCUCGGUGGCUGUUAUUGUUUUAUCUAUUGUUCUGUUUUGCGUGGAAACUUUACCUCAAUUUCAACGCAGGCCGAAAGAAGUCUCGCGAAAUAACAUAACAGAAACCAUUAUGAUAGACAACCCGAAAAAGAGUGUUUUCUUUGCCAUUGAGAGUUUCUGCAUCGCCUGGUUUACGCUUGAAUAUUUUAUCAGAUUCCUAUGCAGCCCGGACAAAUGCAAAUUCGUAGUGUCUGUGUUGAAUCUAAUCGACUUGGUUGCCAUUCUGCCCUUCUUUAUAACACUACCGAUGACGGAACCUACAAGUGUGUCAUCAUUGGCGAUUCUGCGUUGCGUGCGUCUUGUGCGCGUUUUUCGGAUCUUUAAACUGUCCCGUUACUCAAGAGGCUUGCAAAUUUUGGGUCACACUUUGAAAGCAAGUCUUCGCGAGCUUGGGUUGUUAUUCUUUUUCUUAUGUGUGGGAGUGAUAUUAUUUUCCAGCGCGGUUUAUUAUGCAGAGUACAAUUACAACCGUGACACAGAAUUCCUGAGUAUUCCUCACUCGUUCUGGUGGUCCAUCAUAACAAUGACAACUGUUGGUUACGGGGAUAUGGCGCCCAAGACCCUUGGCGGGAAACUGGUUGGAUGCUUCUGUGCGAUCAGUGGAGUUUUGGCAAUCGCUCUACCCGUUCCCGUUAUCGUCUCUAAUUUUGCGUACUAUUACUCAAGGGAACAUAACAAGAUGAACAACAAUGGUGACGAGGAUGAGGACGGGGAAGAAGCAGACAAAGAAGAGGACGAGCAAGCACCACGUGACCAGAUUCCUGUGGUGGCGCCCGCGCGCAAGACGAGACUAUGCUGCGGUCGAACUAAGAUGAUUUUCAAGAAACGAAAGAAAAAAGACAAACUCAAAGAAAUUGCGGAUAUUCGACUACAGGAAAUGAAAGCUCAGUCCCUUUCCCAAGAACAAGUUUUAGCUGACUGUCAAAACGGCAAUCUUCAGAGUAAACAAAAGGACAGUUCGAAUGGUAAGAAAAAAGUUAAAUCAAGCACUGGAGAUAAAGCUAUUACUAUUACACUAAAUGCUUCUUCUAGCGCAUCUGAUGGGGACAAUGAUUCAGAGACUGAGCCGUUUAUCAGCCAACCGUCAAGGAGCUCCGUUGAUCAGAGAUUACCUCCAGCAGGUGAAAAAGCAGACACGGUUUUAGAGAUAAAAUCCUUGGAUCAAGAAGCUGAAGUGAAAGUUGAGCCAAAGGGUCGUAGCAAAGACGAUGGGUUCGUCUGACGCUGUAAUAAAGUGACACAUUUUCCAUCUAUCUUUUUUAAUAUAACUGGCUGGCUUCAGUUACAUACAGAAAAAUAGCUGUGGAGCACAGUAAGGGAUAGGAACCCGGCUUAGAUGAAAAAGGCUCGUAGUUAGGAAUAGUACAAGAACGCGUCCCCCUGUAGCCGCGAUCUUUUCUCAUCAAAGCGCCACAUCCAAGACAUUUUUUGCAUGAUAUUUAUGACUGCUCACGGAUCACUGCGCAACCCCCCCCCCCCCCCCCCUUCCGUCGCCCCUGAUACAUUGCAUGUGAAUUGAAAAUGGGAAAUCGAGAAGGCUGCUGGGAUAUAUUCUUUUUGAACAGCAGCAGUACACUGUGGAGUGGACGAGUUUCGAGCAUUGUAGACUCUGAACUUCGAUAGAAUAAGGGGGGGGGGGGGGGUGAAUAGGGGUAUGUAAAUCCGCCGAUCCGCUACAUUUUCGGGGCAAAUCCGUAGAUCCGCAGAUAUUUUUUAGAUCCGCAUGGUCUGACAGAUAAACAAUAGCAUCGAUUGAAAUUCUUUUAAAAUCCGAAAGUCGACAGUCAAAGCAGUCAAAAUUCGAAAUCCGAGCCCAAAUUGUUAACAGAUCCGUGAUCCGCCGUAUUUUUUAAAAUCCGCCAAUCCGCUGAAAUAAUCAUCAAAAUCCGUAAUCCGUGAGCAUUUCGGGGCCGAAUCCGCCGAUCCGCGAACCUAUUUACCCCCCCCACCCAAUAAAGAGAUCAUGUGAUAGGCUUCCACCCAGGUACUUAAACUUUAUUUCACUUUAGUUGAGGACGUCUUUGGAGCCGAUGUGUAGUUAAUUUUCUAAAGAACUUAACGGGAAUUUUCUAAAGAACUUAACGGAUGGAUUACUACUUGAUUCAAAGUUGUUAUGAAGGAGAUCGGAUUAGUAGUUGCCUUUUAAAAAAUCUGACUCAUUCUGGCGCGAUUCACUCAGUGCAAUUACUGCUAGCUUUUCUGCGCACUAACCGGCUGCCUUGCGGGUCUUGGGGCGGCCUGGUAGCGAGUGCGAGUUGCGCUGCCACCGGUCACACGAUAAAUUGUAGCUGAAAAGAGCAUGAAGUUCAUUUAUUAGGUUUUUGAUGUGCAGGUUUCACUUCAAAGUUACCAUGGAAAUAAGGAACAAUUUUGUAGUUAUUGUACUAUUAUACCUAUUUAAGGAUGCGUUUUUCCAUCAAUAACUUUCUGUAAUUAAAUUAGAUAAAUAAAAAGAAUGCAUUUGUUUGUUUAA